UAUUAAUCAAGUUAUUAAAGUUUGAUAUUAAUUAUAAGCAUUUAACAAUGAAUCAACUUGAACAUAGUAGUAGUUUUAAAUGUAAAAAAUGGACCCUGUUCACUUUAAGCUUAUUGACCGCAAUUGGUAUGGUAGUGGGCUGUAUAAUGUUCAUAACUUUAUCAUUUGCUGUGGACCAAAUGGGUGAUAAACUAGAAUCACGGAACCACCAGUUCAAUGACUGGCACCUGACCAGUACUGUUAGCUCUAUUAACGAUUUCAUUGAUAAAAAUGAGAAAGUUUUACCUACCAAGAACUAUAUUAUACCAAUUGUAUUGGCUUUUGGCAUAAUCGGUAUAGCCUUUCAAUUGAUUGGUAUGAUCGGUGCUGUCAAACAACACUACGGCAUGUGUAUGACCUACUCUAUACUGUACUGUUUGGGUACUGUUGGCAGUUUGGUGUCGGCCAUCAAAAGUCCUCAAUACGUCGGCUCACUAUUUGUCAAUUUGGGGAUUACAUUGUUGGCAUUUUCCUAUGCCCGCGACUGUAAUCAAAUAGAAAUGGCCACUAAAUUCCCGAUGACUUCGUUGACCGGCACUGUUGGUAAUAAUGUAACAAUCAUUGAACACCCGGCAUAUCCUCCACAGUAUAGCAAUGAAGGCUUGAAGGGAUGGAAAGCAGGUUAA